ACGCAAUGGGCUUCCAUUGUGAAUGGGUUUGCUGUCAUAUGUGACAUUUCUGCUGUCAUCUUUGCACGUGUAUGUUUUGUGUGUAUCAAUCGCACAAUUAUCACGUUUUGUUGAAAUUUCUAUCGGUUUUCUGUAGUUUUCGUUGAAUUAAAAAUGUCGAAAAAGAAGCAAAAGCCAAUUUUGUCGGAUAAAAUUGCCGAGUUGAUUGCACCACGGCGUUUAUUGGACCCAGAAGUCGAUUCUGAAGACGAAACAGUGGCCCGUGCUAUUGACUAUGAUAUUGAUGGGGAGUUUGAUACAAACGAGCCAGCGUCAAAUCUCAGUGAUAUUCGGAAGAAAAAUGUGAAAUUGUUGCAAGAUGUCGAUGCAAAAUAUCGUGGCAAAGUGUCUUCACGAAAAGAUUUGGACAUGGAUUCGAGUGAGAUCGACGAGGAAGACGACGACGAUUUCGUUAUAGAAGAAGAAGAAGAAGAAGAAGAAAUCGAAUCAACAGAAAAAUCUGUUGGCGAAUUUUCCAUGCUAUUAACGCCGCGACAACGAAUCAAAGUGGCACAAGAAGCCGGAGAAAAUGAAGAGGAAAAUGGAAUCGAAAGUGCUGACUCAUCCGAAGAUGGAGAUGACUUGAAAGCAUUCACAGCAAAGCUGGGCAACUCAAAAGGCAACUCAAAGUCAGCGACCAUCAAAGCAGACAGUGAUAGCGACGAGGAUUUGGGUGCAAAUGAAAGAGAUGAAUUGGAAAAAUGGGACGAUGAUUAUGAAGGCGAAGAGAUUGAAGAAGAGGAAAGUGAAAAUGAAGUGGCCGAGGGAAGCGAUGAAGACGGCGACGUCAACGAAGAGGGUGAAUUUGAUAGUGAUGAAGAGGCGAGUGACUUUGAUGGUGGCGAUAUUAUUCCACGUAAAUCAGAAGAAUCGGCUGAACCUGAGAAAUCCGAAAAGCAAGAUGUAAGUCGAUUUUUACCAAAACAACGUACCGAAGACCAUUUGAGCAAAGGAUUCUGUGUACAAAAUCAAUUGCAAAUCUGGGAAAAAUUGCUCGAAGUUCGAAUUCACUCACACAAAAUGUUGAUCAAAGCCAAUAGCUUACCGCAACCGACAACAUUCGAAAAAUUGUCCACAAACACAGAGUUUUCCGAAUUGGCCAACGACACGGUGGAUCAAGUGUCAAAGCUGGUAUCGCAAAUGCGAAACCUUCAAUCGCUUCUAUUGAAUCAGUACUCAGAAACGAAACAAAUAGCUGCCAAACGAAAGCCAGUCAAACUCGAUGAUUUGGAUGAUCCAGAGACAAAGCGAAGCCGGCUGGCCAACGAAUUGGAAAAGGAUUAUUCGAAUUUCAAAGAGUAUCAAUAUUCCGUGAUAUCAAAAUGGCAUGAUCGAACCAAAGUGCUCACUCCUGGUAGCGUAAAAACACAGAAACAACAAGGGAACAUCGAUGUACUGCGGAAAAUCGAAGGUGUUUUGGCCAAUCGCGAAGAAUUAAUUAAAAAAACACAACUUCUCAAAGGUGGCUAUGAAUUAUUUGACCAAAGCACUGGCAUUGUUGAAUCAAAACAAAUCGGAGCUGGAGCCGGUGAAGCUGAAAAUGGUGUGGAAAAUGAAAACAAUGAAGAUAAUCACACAUAUUCGACGGAAGUUUAUGAUGACACUGAUUUUUACCAUACCCAAUUACGUGAACUAAUCGAACACAAAACAUCGUCAUCCAGCAAUGCCAAUGAAAUGGCCAAACAAUUCGCCGAAUUGCAGAAGCUACGAAAGAAAAUGAAGAAAACCGUCGACACUCGAGCAUCGAAAGGUCGAAAAAUUCGAUUUGUUGUCCAUAAUAAGUUAGUGAGUUUCAUGGCACCAAACGAAUCGGGCAGUUGGAACGAGGAACAAAAAGACGAACUGUUCAAAUCAUUAUUUGGAGCGCAGUCAUAAUUUCUACAGCAUUUAUUCCCCUUUCAAAUUUUAUUAUUUUAUGUGAAAUUUUUAAAAUGAAACAAUUUUUUAUAAUAAAAAUUGCGAAAUCAAAAUUCUGUAAAUAAACAUAUUUUUGUUUAUAGAGGAGAAAAUAGCCAACUCCUGAAAUAAAUGCCAUCAUUUAGAGUUUUAAAGAAUUGAAACAGAAAUUAGGCAUUUUUAACACUUAUGCUUUGCUUGUGUCAAAUUGAUACAACAUCACACUUAUGUGAAUGCAAAUCUUGUAUUGGAAUAAAAACAUUCAUUCGAAUUUACAGCAUGA